CUGUAUAGGAUGAGACUGUGGGCUCUGCUGGCCGUUUUCACCGCGUGUGCGUCCUCUUCUGUGUCCGCCGGAGGGUCUAAAGUGGAGGAUGCGCUCUUGGCGCGCCGCUGCUUUGACAGAGCCUGCAACCCCCGCAUGGGCAACCUGGCCCUGGGCAGAGUGGUGUCCACGCGGUCGGUGUGCGGCUCGAACUCGUCCCAGCCCUUCUGCUUCUUCGAGCAGCCUUCUGCCCCUCGCAGCGGGGAGUCCUGCCCGGCACCGAGAUGCAGCCGGUGCCACGCCGCCGUGCCCAGACAGGCGCACCCCCCCUCAGCCAUGAGCGACUCCUCCUUCCGCCACCCGGACACCUGGUGGCAGUCUGCCCAGGGCGUGCAGGAGGAGACGCUGCAGCUGGACCUGGAGACGGAGUUUCUCUUCACCCACCUCAUCCUGGUGUUCCGCUCCGCGCGCCCAGCCGCCAUGGUGCUGGAGCGCUCCCAGGACCACGCGCGCACCUGGAGGCCCCUGAGAUACUUUGCACGGGACUGCCGGGAGGCCUUUGGCUUCCCAGAGGGUUCAACGGUGGGAGAGAGCGGGGCAACUUGCACCUCCAAAUAUUCAGAAGCCUUUCCUUGCACGAGAGGAGAGGUGAUUUAUCGGGCUCUGUCGCCUUGGCAGUCAGUAGAUCCCUACGGGCCGGCUGCUCAGGAGCAGCUAAUGAUCACCAACUUAAGAGUCCGUCUGUUGCAGAGACAGAAGUGCCCAUGUCAGGCCAAGCAUGCCGAGGCCAGCGACCUCCCGAUGGAACACUACGCCAUCUACGAUUUUAUCGUGAAAGGCAGCUGCCUUUGCAAUGGGCACGCUGACCACUGUGUGCCGGCCAGGGGAUACCAGCCGAGCCACCAAAAGACGACUAACACGGUUCACGGCAAGUGUGUCUGCAGACAUAACACGCUCGGUGACCACUGUGAGCACUGUGCGCCGCUCUACAAUGACCAGCCCUGGCAGGCGGCCAACGGCAUCAUGGGUACACCACACGAAUGCCAGAAGUGCAAGUGUAACGGACAUGCGAGGAGCUGCCAUUUCAGCCGAGGACUGUGGCUGGCCACAGGAAGGAGGAGCGGGGGCGUGUGUGACCACUGCCGCCACAACACAGAAGGCCGUCACUGCCAACUCUGUAAAAGGGGCUUCUUCAGAGACCAGACCAAGCCAAAGACCGCACCAAACUCCUGCAAACCCUGCUCUUGCCACCCGGUGGGCUCCGUCCUCUCAGGCGGGGGUCCUCUCUGUGACCCUAGCAGUGGGGAGUGCACUUGUAAGCCUGGUGUUGAAGGCCCCCGCUGUGACAGGUGCAUGAUGGGAUUCUGGGGGCUUCAUGAAUAUGGCUGUCGUCCAUGUGACUGCACACAGGGCUGUGACCCCUACACCGGGGACUGCAUCUCUGGUUCGGAUGGGGAGGUCCUCUAUGCAGCUGCUGGCCUCGUGGGACACAGCAGCAAUGAUAGUGAGAUGGCAGUCUUUGGGGCAGAGGAGCUUUUCUCUGCACUGCAGCACUCCGAGAAAUGUGAGUGUGCAGAAGUGACCCUUGGUAGCUCUAAACUGUUCUGUGCUGCAGAGUUUGACUAUGUGCUGGCGGUGAAAGUGGUGUCGGCUCAUGAUAAAGGCUCUCAUGCAGAGGUUGAGGUCAAGCUGAAGAAGGUCCUUCAUCAGAACCCUCAGAUGAAUCUCAAUCAGGGGAGCAUCACCCUAUACCCGGAGUCCUGGACCAUCCAAGGCUGCACCUGUCCCAUCCUCAACCCAGGAUCAGAGUACGUAGUUGCGGGUCACGAGGACUGGAGGACUGGCCGGCUUCUGAUCAACGCCAAAAGCUUUGUGAAACCGUGGAAAUCAAGCCUUGGUCGCAAAAUCUUUCACAUCCUCAGAAAAGACUGCGGCCGCUGGUAA